AUGUCGCACGUCAUUGACGAAGAUGAAACCUACAUGUAUGAAAUCUUGCAAGAAAAGCACCUCGAAGAAUCGACUAAACUUCUUGCUGACGUCUUCACCAAAUACAACCCACUCGAAGUCUACAUGAAAACUACCUACGAACAAUUCUAUCCGCAAGCACUCGCAUUCUCAAAAGCUGUUCUUAAUGAACAACUCUCCGUCGUAGCAGUACACAAACAGACGAAGGAAAUUCACGGUCUCGUUCAAGCUGGCGAUGCUAAGAAACUGAAUGAACAUAAUUUUGAAGAAUUGGAUGUCUGCAAAGAUUUGUCAAAAGAAGUAUUCGACGAAGUGGAGCAACGGUUUAUGAAACAGUAUGGCGAACCGAAAGAAAAUGAUUUGAUACAGAUAAUGAUGGCGGGUGUUCGUCAAGAUUGUAGUGGAAAAGGUGAGUCUUCGAAGAAAUCAUAUCACCGUGCUUCGAAAUUUUCAAAUGCGAUUAGAGUCUGGGGUAUACCCCAGACUCUAAUCGCAUUUGAAAAUUUCGAAGUCCGGUGA